AGAGAAAGAAAGAGAGAGAGAGAGAGACGAGGGAAGGAUAGGAAAAAUGAAAGCAAUGUUGAGGAAAAAGUUGGUUGAUAUAACAUUUGGUUUUCAAUGUUAAAAAACAACUCAAAAAACAGCCUAAUUGUUGUAGAAGCUGGUUUCCUCCAGUCGAUUGUCAACCUUUCUCAAGCAAUCGAAAGUGAUCAACAAACAAUACCAAAUUAUGCUUCUCACCUUAAACCUCACACAAAAUUGACUUGAAUCUGUCUCUCUCUUUUCAUCAACAUCAUCAUCUCGUCCUUUCCCUCCCUCUUUACAUCACUCCUUAACUCACUUUGCUCUGGGAGCGAUUAUGUAUGUUUUAUUGCCUCUCAUUAAACCACAUCAUGAAGUGAUCAGUGGAAACUUUUGAUCGACCAAAAGAGUUUUUUAAUUCAAUUUCAACUUUUCAUGGUUAAUCUUUUUGUUUUUGUUUCACCAAUUGAAUCCUCUUUUGUACUCUUCAAGCUUCAAGCUUUACCUUUUAAUCUGUUCAUAAGCACCACUUUUGGUAAACAUUACUUUUAGCGACAUGCCAUCCAAAAAUUCAGUUGAAUUAAAUUUACUCGACAAGUCGAAACCAAUUACAGUUUUACCGGCCAAACAGCCACAAAUUACGGAUCAGGAUAAAGAUGCCGCAAUCAUCAUUGACAAUCAUCAAAUUGAUUGUACACUUUCUUGGACAGAUUUAAGUUAUGUUAUUCCCAGAGAUUCACAAUUUGUUCAUCUGGUUAAACAACUGGUAUCCAAUAAAAGUGAUGGAAGAUCAAAGUGUAUAUUACAUCCUCAAAGCGGGUCGAUUAAAAAGGGCCAAAUGAUUGCCAUAAUUGGUCGCAGUGGAUCGGGUAAAUCAACUCUUAUUCAAUGUCUUGCAGGUUGUAAAGAGAAAAAUCGAUCCGGUCAAAUUCAGAUUACUUUAAAUAGUCAGCAAAAUGGAAAAGUUGAUUCAACUCAAUUGCCACCAUUACGAGCACCAACAAAGCCCCAUAUUAAAAUUUGUUACCUUCCACAAGUUGACCAUCUUAUACCAACUUUAACAGUAUAUGAAACAUUAAUGUACGCUUCUAGAUUACGGAAUCUCAGUAAAACCUCAGAUCAAUAUCAUUCUCACAGGGUAGAAGCUAUUAUGACAGAUCUGAAUUUGCUUGGUUCCCGUAAUGUUCUGGUUCGUCGAAUCUCUGGGGGCCAAAGAAAAAGACUUUCCAUUGGUCUCGAAUUAUUAGGAUCACCGGAUAUUUUCCUAUUAGAUGAACCAACAUCGGGAUUAGAUUCAUCGAAUGCACUUCAAUGUGUUCAAUUACUCAAAAGAUUAGCCAACUCGUCUUUUAAUGAUAAUAAGCAACUCAAUAAUGAUAUCUUGACCAAUGGUGGACCUGUUGAAGAAUCACAACAAACUCAGCGUCCAAUGUCUUCCUCUUCGGAGCUUGCCAUUAUAGCUUCAAUUCAUCAACCAAGUGCCAAAAUUCUCGCUCAAUUUGACAAAAUUUACCUCAUGUCGUUUGACGGUCGAUGCAUCUAUUUUGGACCACCCAAUGAAAUGAUAACAGUUUUUUCUACUUUUGGACUUCAUUGUCCAGCAUAUCAUAAUCCUGCUGAUUUUGCCAUUGAAAUUGCUUCUGGUGACUAUGGCAGAGACAAGGUUGAAGCCUUGGAAAAUUGGACCAACUCUAAUGUGUCAAACUCUGACAGUUCUGUUGAUCUUCCAAAAACAUUAGCUAUCAAAGAAGUCAUCUCGGACAUGUUGGGCCAAUCCAAAUCAAAUUUUGGACACUUCUGGAUACUCUUUAAACGAACAUUACUCACAACAAUUAGAGAUCCAAGUCUAAAUGGUUUCCGUCUGUUUCAACAUAUCAUGAUAGGUUUGAUUGUUGUUCUGUUGUACAGUAACUCCAUCGGUAAAGGAAGUGGCUGCUUGAAUAAUAUAGUAAAUUUGGAUGAUCUUCGGGUUGAAGAACGAUUAACAGCUCAAAAUUUGGCACUCAUGUUUUUCUCUCUUAUGUUCCUGACCUUUGCUGCCAUGAUGCCAACUGUUAUGGUUUUUCCUUUGGAAAUGUCCGUUUUCACCAAAGAACGGAAAAAUGGUUGGUAUUCAUGUGCUUCAUUUUACUUUGCCAAAACGUUUGCUGAUCUACCGUAUCAGUUGACUUAUACAUUCAUAUACAUCGCGAUGGUUUACUUUGGAACGGGCCAGUUCUUUACUUGGUGGCGGUUUUGCCUUUUCCUGGCUGUAGGUUUACUCAUUUCAAUCAUUGGUCAAUCUAUUGGUUUGAUAUUUGGUGCACUUUUUGCCAAAAAUUUACAAACGGCGAUUUUCAUUACUCCAAUUUCAACUCUACCCUUUAUACUCAUCAGUGGUUUCUUUGUUCGACUCAAUACAAUUCCAGCCAUUUUACGACCUAUCACAUAUAGUUCAUAUCUCAAAUAUGCUUUUGAAGCACUCAUCAUUACCGUUUAUGGUUAUGAUAGAUGUACACUGAAUCCUACGCUGACUGACGACUCAUCACUAUCUAAAUCCAAUGGAUGUACUCUUGUAGGCCAAUUUUACUCAUAUUUACGUGAUGACUUGAAUAUAUCUUUUGAUGCACUGAAGGAGUAUAUUCCACUCAUGAUUCCAGAAAAUCGGGAAAAUGCGACAGCUAAAUUGGACCAAUUUGUUAAGAGUUUAGAGAAGGUUGACUUUAAUGUAACCCAACAAAUUGUAGAUACACUCAACUCGACAAGGUCUUUAGUUUUGACUGAAUAUAACUUGGAAGAGGACAUCUACGUGACUAACAUCAUCGUACUUUUCGGUUUCAUUGUCGUUCUUCGAGUGGCAACCUAUUUUGUUUUACUAUAUAAAUCAGAAAAAAAGAUUGAUUAAAUAAAGUUUCGUCUUUUGUAUAUUUUUUCAACAACAGUUACACUUUUUGCGAUAAAUAUUUUAAAUAAAAACAUCCUUUUAUAUCAUAA